GACGUGACGUCAGCUCCUCUGUGUACAGCAGCUGAUCGGAGCAGGUCAGAUCGUCAUUUCUCGUAUUUUCUGACGCUGCGAAGAAGACCUGGAGCUCACCUGCUGCUCACCUUCGGCGGGAAACUGCAGCGCGUGCAGCUGACGCUCGAGCUCCGCGAGGCCUGUUCGUUGUGGCUAACAGACCAGCGGGCCUCUACCUGCGAUGCUAAGCUAAAGUGGCUAGCUGUCACCGUCAGCAGGAUUCAUGACCGCAGACCGCAGGUAGACUGUCAGGGAACGUCCCCCCCAGUACCACUCGGACAGACAUGACGCCCUGACGGACUUAAGAGACGUUUAAUGUAAGUGAGUAGCAAGACAGACCGACAGUGUCUCCUGUCCAAGCUCAGUCCAGCUCCAGCACAGUCCACCUUGGUCCAGCUGGAAGAUGUGGCUCAAACUGUUCUUCUUGCUGCUGUACUUCGUGGUGCUGUUCAUGCUGGCGAGGAUCUUUGAGGCGGUGGUCUGGUAUGAGACCGGUGUGUUCGCCACUCAGCUGGUGGAUCCAGUCACUCUCAGUUAUAAGAAGCUGAAGACCAUCCUGGAAUGUAGGGGGCUGGGGUACUCCGGACUGGCUGAGAAGAAGGACGUCAGCGAGCUGGUGGAGAAAUCAGGAGAGCUGACACAGGGGGAGCUGUACUCAGCCAUCAAGAAAGAGAGGGAGCAGACGGAGGCAGGAGACUCCAGCACCACACACUUCAGUGGAGAGAUGCACUUCUAUGAAUUAGUGGAGGACACUAAGGAUGGGAUCUGGCUGGUUCAGGUCAUUGCCCAGGAUCGGGAAGCUCUGCUCAGUCAGUCCAACUGGGGUAAGAUGGUGCAAAAAGUGUCUCAGUUCGGUAUCAGAACCGGAACCUUCAACUGCUCGAAUGACUACAGGUCGUGUAUCAAGCGCGGCUGGCAGCGCUCCACGCUCAUCAUGUCCGUUCCUCAGACUUCCGCGUCGAAGGGUAAAGUCAUGCUCAAGGAGUACAACGGCCGUCGUAUUGAAACCGAACACAUCUUCCGCUGGAUGACCUCACAUGUGGCUCAUCGAAUCAAAACCCUGCGUCGCUCUGAGCAGCUGGCGGAGGAGUGGCGCUCCGACCCAGCCCACCCAGUCAAAAUGUUUCUGUUCGCCCGUCUGUCCCAGCCCCCCGCCUUCUUCUCCUCGCUGUCCGUCAAGUUCACCGGCAGGAUCGAGUUCAUCUUCGUGGACGUACGUCGGUGGGAUAACGACAGCAGCCUGUCAGAGAUCGGUGUUACACAUAGCCCCGCGUACAUCCUCAAGAUGCCCGAGGGCAUCUAUCGCUAUGGCAACAGUACGGGGGAGUUCCUCUCCCUAGCUGCCAUGGACACUUUCCUGCGUUCAGUCCAGCCAGAGGUCAAUGACCUGUUUGUCCUCAGUCUGGUCCUCAUCAACUUGCUGGCCUGGAUGGACCUCUUCAUUACACAGGGAGCAACGGUGAAACGAUUCGUCGUUCUGAUACGAACUCUGGGAACCUACAACUCCAUCCUGCUGGUGUCCUGGCUUCCUGUUCUGGCUCUCCUUCAGCUGCCCUAUCUGGACACUCUGUAUGGUUACAGUCUGAAGCUCCUUCGUUAUGCUGACACCACCACGCUGGCCAGCCUGGUGAGAGCUGACUGGACCUUCUACUCCUCCCACCCGGCUCUCUUCCUGUCCACUUACCUGGCCCAUGGCCUGCUGGUGGACUACUUCGAGAAGAAACGGCGCUGCGGCGUCAGGAGCCGAGAGGACAGCACCACCAACCUGGAGUGGCUGGCCAGUCUGUGGGACUGGUACACUUCCUAUCUGCUCCACCCAAUCACAUCGCUGCAGCAGGUCCCAUCGGACCACUCAGACUGGGAGGAUGAUCCCAACUUCUUAUUUGAGCGGUUGGCUUUCCCUGAUCUCUGGCUGCGCCCGUUAGUAAACGUGGACUACAUUAAGGCCCUGCCAACCUGGAGGUUCAGAGCUGUGGGUCAGCGAAGGGGAAGCAGCAGCAGCUCUGGUGGACAGCUGGACGAAGAGACAGAAAGCUCACAUUCAGAAACGGAGAGCAGGGGGCAGAGGGCUUCCCCUCCUGCAGGUCCCUGCACACCUCCACACUGCAGAAAAAGGCACAAGAGAUUGAGGUGCAGUCAGGACAGCAACGUGGACCACAGCAGCAGCCGUCAGUGUGUCGCUUCUGCUGCAUCACCCCUCUGCUGUUGUCACGAGAACGGAAGCUCACCAUCCGCUGACAGGCCGCCGGAGGAUGGCUGCCCCACACCUGAGGCCGUCUCUAACCGGCACCACUGUGAUUGGUCAGUGUGGCCAUGUGACAUGCUGCAGUGCUCCGAGUGUGUGGUGUGUCUGGAGAACUUUGUGAGCGAGGAGCUGCUGAUGGGUCUGCCCUGUGGCCACGCCUUCCACCAGCAGUGCAUUGUGGUGUGGCUGGCAGCAGGCAGACACUGCUGCCCUGUGUGUCGCUGGCCCAGCUACAAGAAGAAACAGCAGAGACGUGCGCCGAGCGGCUCUGCUGAGACCACGCCGCAGGACUGACGGACAGGUCUGACCGGAGCCCUUCUCACCUUCAUGGCUCCCAGCUCUCUCAUCAUCGUCACUGCUUGCUUGGGGUGAAGUUGGGACUGGGGAGGCGUGAAGGUGUGGUGAGUGGAUGUGAUAAGGGUUGCUGUUGUCGUGAACCAUCCAUCAGCUUGUUUCCAUUCCUGUUGAGGGCAAUGUGCUGGCCAAUGGUUUCAGACAGAUGACAGCGUGAAAGGCCAGUCACCAUGCUUUCUGUGUAGAGAGGAUACCAGUUCACACACUAACCGCAGGCGUAGUGACGCUAAACAUCGUAGUGCAAUAAAACAUGUUUUCCUGUUUGUCUGCUUUUAGGACGGAGAGGACAGUAGAGUCUGUUCACACCUGAGUGACAUCUGGCAGGACAGGCGGCUGCUGAUCAAGCUAACUGCGUCCAGCCACAACUGUCCUCUCCAUCCUGUAUCACGAGUCACUACUUAUGCAAAAAAAAAAAAAACCUCCUUGAUGUGUGUAUUUGCAUUGUAAUUAACAUUUUGUUCAGAAGUGGGGGAAACUGGGAAGCUUCUUGGUUGCACGCCGGAAAGAUGAAGAAUUACUACACAAAGUCUGGUCCUUCUGAAGGUAUUGACUUGACUCCACCAACAGCUCCUCAGAGUCUUUAUGUUUAUUUAUUUUUGAUUAUCCAGAGAGAAGUUUCCUACCCAUACUAUUGUCAUUAACUUGAAUUCUGCCCUGUCACAUCUCAUAGUUGGUCUCUUCUGUGUGUUUGAAACGCAGCUGUGAUUUAGCGCUCAGAACUAAAACACAUGGCUGUUGUGAUUCCAGUUGUUAGAUGAGAUACAGGCUGAGGCUCAGUGGUCGCGGUGUGGAUAGCAUACCUGAUGACUGAGUCAUGGAAGGUAUUCAGCAGCAUGUCUCCUGGAUCAUUCUGUUCUGAUGACUUGCAGAACUUUUACUCAGUACCCUUCCCCGGUUCAAAGCAGUUAGUCUGAUGUACACUAAACCAACCAGUUGAGCAGCUAUACUGGUAACAGUCAACCCUUAUUCAAAACCAGUACAGGCCGCCUCGGUGGCAUUAUCUGCCCUCAUCACUUUAACCACCAGCCUGAGUCCACUUUAUUAAGAUUCCACUGUAUGUGACUGUGAUCAGAGCCAGUGCCACAAGCUGCAGCUUCAGCUGGGUAGCCACAUCACUAACAAUCAAACAGUUAAAGCUGCUCUAAUCAAUUCUUUAUAUUAACAGUGGGUCAGGUGGCAGAGUAUAAUGUGAAGGGGUCACUCAUAGUGACAAUCCCACAGAGAGAUUAUCACCAACUCAGCACCCCCCCCCCCCCCCCCCACCCCCCUGCUUUCUUUCUGGUAGCAGAAGCUUUUUUUCCAGUGAAUAACCCUAAGAAGCCUCUGUCCACUACCUGCUCAGCAGCAAACAGCAGACAGACCCAGUCAGAGAGCAGCUAAAGAGCCAGAUAUUUUCAUCAGGAGCUGGUAGAGACCAAAAACAGAGCUAAAAGAGAGGGAAUACUGGACUGAGAUUCAUGAGGAGGUGCAUGUCAUGGUUGCUGUUAUUGCCUGACCCUUGCCUUUACCAAGAAUGGACAUGUGUUCGUCAAACAACCUGAUAUGUUUUCUUAUGUAGUGGGUGUCUUUUGUCAAGGUACAACAGGCUCCCAAGUCUUUCUUUACAUGAACAACUUUUAUUACCAAUAUACGUUCAUCUGGGGAACAGAAAAGUUUGAGGGAAGGAAACAAAACCUCUUCAGUCACAGAUGCUUUGCUCUGUGUGCAUGCUUUUAUUUUUCCCUCUGUAAUCUCCAUGGUGACCACCAGGAGCUGCACAGCCAGGCUUCUGCUGCUGUACACGUUCACUGGAGGUCUGAUGCCUUGCUCAUGGGCAGCUCGUUACAGUCAACAAAGAGCCUUUGUCAGGUGUUCUCCUGUUGUCAUUGUCCUGAUCAGGGCCCCCACACGGAUGCUCAGCAGCACAGAACAGAAAAGAGAAACCCGCUUUGGACUCAACCGUUUGAACCUUAAAAGCCUAAAGAAAAGAAACAAAGCUCUGUUUAAAUGACAAAGGGACUUUUUCAACAAACACUUCUCCUUUGAGCUGUGGCGGACUCACAUUAGGCUGAGUAGCUUCACUUCUAUCUAUGUUUUUACAGUUUAUCAAAAAUAAAGGGACAUUUUGACAUUUGGAAUUGGAGGUUUUUUUUAUACCUUACCCUUAAACACUUUGGAUAGAAAUGUAUUUUUAGGCCUUAAGCUGCUGUACAGUAUAAAUGACUUGCUGAUAUUAGAACAUGACUCGGUAGUCCUGCUGCUGCCACCCUCUGGCAAACGCAGAAACCCCAGCAGGCUAACAAAGCUGAUCCUCUGUAUUGUAUUGCCUGAGGUUUAGGUUACAGCUUUCCUCAGAACCUUACACAUGCUUUGCUAAUGAUCUCGUUAUGUCUACAAUCUUACCUGUGGAGCUGCUAGCAGGCUGAUACUUUAUCCCACAUUGUUU